UGGACUGAAGGGUCUGUUUCCAUGCCGUACAUCUCCAAGACUCUGUAACUCUGUGACUCUCUAACUCACCAAGCAGGUUUUUCAACUUAUGUUCAAACUCUGCACAGACUACAAGUGCCACAGCAGAUUCUGCUUGAAUCAGAAUUCUGAAUCGAAUGUAUGUGAGCCAAGAUGAAGAUCGCUGCAUUUAACAUUCAGCGGCUUGGGACAAGCAAAAUCUCCAAACCCAAUGUUGUGUCAACAAUUGUCAAUAUUUUGUUACGUUAUGACAUCACCCUGAUCAUGGAAGUCACUGACAAGUCAGAAAAAGCCACAAAAAGGCUGAUGGAAGAGCUGAAUAGACAAGCUGUAAACCAUUACUCCUUCGUAAUAAGCAAACCCCUGGGACGAGCAAGUUACAAGGAGCAGUACCUAUUUGUUUAUCGUGAUGAUAUUGUGGAAGUGAAACGAGUUUUUCAAUACGAAGACAUGCAGCUGGGUGAUGAGGAUGCUUUCUCCAGGGAACCAUUCGUGAUUCAGUUCAAAUCUCGAACCACAGUUGUAAAGAACUUUGUGCUCAUUCCCCAACACACAUGCCCUGAAGAUUCAGUCAAAGAAAUCGAUGAACUAUAUGACGUCUUCCUGAAGAUCAAAGAGAAGUGGAAAGUAAAGAACUUUAUGAUACUUGGGGACUUUAAUGCUGAUGGAAGGUAUGUGUCGAAGGACGAGAUGAAAAACAUCCGACUCAGAACCGAUAAUAAUUUUCACUGGCUCAUUGGAGAUGAUGAGGACACUACCACAAAUGCAAAGACUGACCGGGCCUAUGACAGAAUUGUUGUUUACGGAGAUUGGUUUUAUAAGCAGAUUGUUCCAAAUUCUGCCAAGCCUUUCAACUUUCAGGAAGAACUGCACCUGAGUGAAGAGCAGGCUUUGGAUGUGAGCGAUCAUUAUCCUGUUGAGGUGGAACUCAAAUUAAGAAAUGAAAGAAAUUAAUCCAACCUGGAUUGAGUCAGUGGACUGGAGAACAUUGCGUGAAUAGAAACUGGAAAACACUGAACUAAUUGUUGAAUCUUAACAAAAUUUGAUAUGUCCAUUGUGCUUCAGUAUUUAAAAAUCCAUACUUUUGCCAUCAGCUGCUCUGGUAAAUACAAACGAUUUGACCUUUUUCUAUUAUUACAGCAGAAAGUGGGUUCUCUCACUUUUAACAAUAAAAGUAGCAACUCAUGUUAAGGA